UUGUUUAGUAACCAAGAGUUUUUUGAAACUAAAAAGUAAAAGAUUGGGAAUUGACUUUGCUUACUUUAUUUUAAUUCAGAAUUUUUGACUCUGUUAUACAGAGAAAUCCUUUCUUUGUAAUGAGUUUUUUUUUUCCUUCCUUCUUAGCUUCAGAAAUGGAGCAGUUACGAAUUAGCCCAGCUACCAUGCUCGAAGAUGAGAUUACAUGGCUGGAUAACUUUGAACCUAAUCGUACAGCUGAAUGUGAGACCAGUGAAGCAGACAACAUCUUAUUGGCAGGACACUUGCGGCUCAUUAAGACCCUUCUUUCACUCUGUGGGGCAGAAAAGGAAAUGCUUGGUUCCUCACUCAUUAAACCAUUGUUAGAUGACUUCCUUUUCCGAGCUUCUAGAAUUAUUUUAAAUAGUCAUUCUCCAGCUGGCAGUGCCGCCAUCAGUCAACAGGAUUUUCAUCCAAAGUGUAGUACAGUGAAUAGUCGAUUGGCAGCUUAUGAAGUCCUUGUAAUGCUGGCUGACAGUUCACCUUCAAAUCUUCAAAUUAUAACAAAAGAACUACUUUCUAUGCAUCAUCAGCCUGACCCUGCUCUCACCAAGGAGUUUGAUUACCUUCCCCCAGUGGAUAGCAGGUCCAGCUCAGGGUUUGUGGGGCUAAGAAAUGGUGGCGCUACUUGUUAUAUGAACGCAGUCUUCCAGCAGCUGUACAUGCAACCUGGCCUUCCUGAGUCACUACUUGCGGUGGAUGAUGACACAGACAAUCCAGAUGAUAGCGUGUUUUACCAAGUGCAAUCUCUCUUUGGGCAUUUGAUGGAAAGCAAGCUGCAAUAUUAUGUACCUGAGAACUUCUGGAAGAUAUUCAAGAUGUGGAACAAAGAACUCUAUGUGAGGGAACAGCAGGAUGCAUAUGAAUUCUUUACUAGUCUUAUUGAUCAGAUGGAUGAAUAUCUCAAGAAAAUGGGGAGAGACCAAAUAUUUAAGAAUACUUUUCAGGGCAUCUAUUCUGAUCAGAAGAUCUGUAAAGACUGUCCUCACAGAUAUGAACGUGAGGAAGCUUUCAUGGCUCUCAAUCUAGGAGUUACUUCUUGUCAGAGUUUGGAAAUUUCUUUGGACCAGUUUGUUCGAGGAGAAGUUCUAGAAGGAAGUAAUGCAUACUACUGUGAAAAGUGUAAAGAAAAGAGAAUAACAGUGAAAAGGACCUGUAUUAAGUCUUUACCUAGUGUCUUGGUAAUACACCUAAUGAGAUUUGGAUUUGACUGGGAGAGUGGACGCUCCAUUAAAUAUGAUGAACAAAUAAGGUUUCCCUGGAUGCUAAACAUGGAACCUUACACAGUCUCGGGAAUGGCUCGUCAGGAUUCAUCUUGUGAAGUUGGUGAAAAUGGUAGAAGUAUGGAUCAGGGAGGUGGAGGAUCCCCACGGAAAAAAGUUGCCCUCACAGAAAAUUAUGAACUUGUUGGUGUCAUUGUACACAGUGGGCAGGCACAUGCAGGCCACUACUAUUCCUUCAUUAAGGACAGGCGGGGGUGUGGAAAAGGAAAGUGGUAUAAAUUUAAUGACACAGUUAUUGAAGAAUUUGACCUAAAUGAUGAGACCCUGGAGUAUGAAUGCUUUGGAGGAGAAUAUAGACCAAAAGUUUAUGAUCAAACAAACCCAUAUACUGAUGUACGUCGAAGAUACUGGAAUGCCUAUAUGCUCUUCUACCAAAGGGUAUCUGAUCAAAACUCCCCAGUAUUGCCAAAGAAAAGUCGAGUCAGCGUUGUAAGGCAGGAAGCUGAGGAUCUCUCUUUGUCAGCUCCAUCUUCACCAGAGAUUUCACCUCAGUCAUCUCCCCGGCCCCAUAGGCCUAACAACGACCGGCUCUCCAUUCUGACCAAGCUGGUUAAAAAAGGAGAGAAAAAAGGACUGUUUGUAGAGAAAAUGCCUGCUCGAAUAUACCAGAUGGUGAGAGAUGAAAACCUCAAGUUUAUGAAGAAUAGAGAUGUGUACAGUAGUGAUUAUUUCAGUUUUGUUUUGUCUUUAGCUUCAUUGAAUGCUACUAAAUUAAAGCACCCAUAUUAUCCUUGCAUGGCAAAGGUGAGCUUGCAGCUUGCCAUUCAGUUCCUUUUCCAAACUUACCUACGGACAAAGAAAAAACUCAGGGUUGAUACUGAAGAAUGGAUUGCUACCAUCGAAGCAUUACUUUCAAAAAGUUUUGAUGCUUGUCAAUGGCUUGUUGAAUACUUUAUUAGUUCUGAAGGACGAGAAUUGGUAAAGUAA